UGUAAACAGGAAGUGCGUCACGGAAUUUCAAACCCGUAGAGCCCACAGCUCAUACCGGUUCAUCACAGUGUUUCAGAAUUACGUAAAUAAAUAUUGUUUUACUUAUUAAUCUUUCGCUAGAAUGAAAGUGCGGCUUCGUGUGUGGGUUCCGGUCGCAGAGACACAGGAUCUUUGACUCUGAGGAACUGAUUCAUCAACACUGAAGCUCUUCCCGUCCACAACACAUCUGAGGAUUGAGAAGUAAUAUCAAAUCCUGCCUGCAUCCCUAUCAUCCAGACAGAACCAGAACCGGAUCCAUCAGCAGAAGUGGAUCUUUAACGGGUUUUAGUGAUGAUCAGCUGAUCUCGUGUAGACGCUGUGCUGGUUUCCAUUGGAAACGGGCACGCGCGCAGAUUUCACUGUAAACACCCAGUUUCUCCCGCUGGGGAUCAGACAUGACUUCAAAACCAAAGAAGGGGCUCAGAAGCUCAAUAGAUGACGUGUUAGGAGAUCUGCUGGGUGAUGAUGACGAUGAAGGUCCAGUGAAGGUGCGCUCACCUGCAGCCGUGUCCAGCAAACCCGCGGCCGUCCUCACGUCCCGCAGCGGGAAGAGGUCGCUUCUGGAUGAUGAUUUCUUCAGUAAACUGGCAGAAGAGGCUGAGAAAGAUGAUGAGGGCUCUGACGUGUCUGAGGCCGAUCCUGCCGCUCUGCUGGACAGCAUGAAGAAUAUGGAUGAUAUGGAUGCGGAUCUCUUCAGCUCCAAGAAGAAGCCGAGCUCGGCUCCUGUUCAGAUGAAAGACUCCAAAACAACAGAACCUUCUAAAGCAGGAGACAAGAGCAAAACCACCGAAGACACGGUUCUUGAAGACAAAAAGCCCAGUUCUGCUCCGGCCUCCACAGCGAGAGCUUACAAGAAGUUCAGCUUUCUGGAUGAUGAAGGUGGAGGUCUCGAUCCUCCUCCUCCAGAUGAAGAUAAAGUGGACGAUUCGUUAGAUGAUUUACUGGAUGACCUGGAACACAAGCAGAAGACGACUAAGAAAACCGAUCCGCCGUCCUCUUCCUCACCAGCCGCUCCUCAGAAAACAGAGACGGCAUCUCCAGCAGCUGCUGUGAAGAAGAGAGAUGAUCUGACAUUUGACGAUGAUGAAGAUGAUCUGAUGGACGCUCUGGGCUUUGGAGAAACACACAAAACACAAGGAAACGGAAAGUCACAGAAGAAAGACAGCGAUCCUCCUCUGAGAGCUCGCACACGACUGGAUGAGAUCCUGGGCCGAGGAACGUCUCCUCGUCUGCUGGAGAGACCCGUCACGGGAGAGAAGAAAGACACGCCACAGCCGGAGAAACUGCCGGAGAAGAGCUCAGCUGGAAAAGCCUCUCUGAUGGAUGAGGAGGACUUCACAUUCGGCUCCUAUCAGCCCACGAUGGGCUCGACUCCAGAGGGCCGUCAGUCCCGCAGACAGUCUGUCAGAUUCUCGACUGAAGACGUGAGAGUUCACUCACCCUCCGCACGCACCGCCCGGCCCAGAUCAGACUGGCUCGGACUGAAGCAGGACGAAGAGGAGCAAAAGAUGAAGGAGGAACCCAAACAAUCAGCACCAGAGACCCUGAAGCCCCCGGCGUCACCCUCCUCAGCGGCCCGUAAAGAGACACCCGCUUUAAAGACAGCAGAUCCACCGGCAGCACCCUCUUCUCCUAAAACCAUCUCAAAACCAGUGAAGAGAGACGAGGACGAGGAAGACGACUGGCUCGCCGGAGCACUGAGUCGCAAGAAAACACAGUCAGUGAGCCAAUCAGAGGACAGAGAGAGGAAACAGGACGUUUCAUCAGGUCUGGGGGAGGAAGUGGACGUGUUUGUCAGCUCUAAAUCAAAUGUGCCUUUAGCCCCACGAAGACAACAGGACGAGUCUCCCGUCCCAAACCCAGAGCCCAGCAGAGAGUCCACUGGCGUCUCCGUCCAACACAACACGAGCUCAGAAACUCAACACAAACCUGGACUCGAUCAGACCCUCUCAUCACAGUCCAGAGAGCCUAAACCACGGCCCUUUAACUCAUCCAGCAGCACACAACCCAAGCCACAUGCUCAGGACCCCAGAACACCCUCAGGAUGGGACAUCCAGAUAGAGACGCCCCCCUCAAACCCCGUCCAGGGGUGGCAUGUGCCUGCUCUAACGCCCCCUGCAGUGUGGAUGUUUCCACAGAAGUCUGAUGCAGAGGGCUCUGUACCUGCGACACAAACACACGCACCUUUACCAGCAGACAGUCUACAGCAGCUACUCAUACAACAGCAGCUGGCUCAGUCUCAGCUGUGGGGUCUGAGCGGCUCUCUGGACUCACAGAGACUCAGAGGCACGGACCAUCAGCACGACGUGACGUCACUGCAGAAACGCAUCAUUCAUCUGGAGGGACAGGUGAGGAGUUUACAGCUGGAGAGAGACCAGAAUCAGAUGCUGUUAGAGAGCGUUCAACAGAGACACAAACAAGACACUGAGCUCAUGGAGAACAUGCACAGAGCUCGUGUGAAGCUGCUGGAGGAAUCAGCCGCUCAGCGAGAGCUGCGCUCGAGGCAGGAGAACGAGGACCUGGCGGAGAGACUGGCUGCAGUCACACGUCUGACGGAGCAGGAGAGAGCAGAGAUGCAGGCGCAGCAGCAGCGCAGACUCACGCAGUGUCAGCAGGACAGAGACAGAGAGGUGGAGAGACUCAGAGACCUGCAGAGGAAGUCCAUCCUGGAGAUGAAGAGAGAUCAUGAAGAGCAGAUCCAGCGUCUGAAGAAACUGAAGGACGAGGAGAUCGAUGCGGUGACCAGUGCCACGUCUCAGACCAGGUCUCUGACGGUGGUCAUCGAGCAGAUGGAGAAGUUCUCCCGCAGGCUGGGCGAUCUCUCGUCUCGAGUGGAGAGUUCACAUGAAAACACGGCGCAGGGGCUGGAGAUCGGAGCCAGACAGAGAGACGAACAGCUCAGAGUUCUGCAGGAGCGCAUGAGUCAGCAGCAGCGUGAGAUGGCCGAAGAGAGGUCACGACUCAAAGAGGUCAUCGCCAAGAUGGACACACAGCUGGCCGAGCAGCAGAGACAGCUGGAGAAGGAGCGCUGGCGGGUCACGUCAGAACAGGCCAAAGCUGAAUCAUCUCUGCGAGGACUGGAGGAGGAGAGACGGACCAUGAUGCAACAGUUCAGCAUGGAGAGGGAGGAGCUGGAGAGGGCAAAGAGCACUCUGCUGGAGGAGCAGCAGUCCGUCAUGCAGCACUGUGCAGAAGAGCGCAGGAAGCUGGCGGCCGAGUGGAGCCGCUUUCACACGCAGGAGAAACUGCGUCAGGAGCGCGUGGAGAGAGAGGCCAACCGAGCCAUAGAGAGAGACGCAAACAGAGAGGGGUCCAUCUUCAGCAUGGCACAGGAGCAGGCGGAUCUGAAGCUGCGCGCCGGAGAGCUGAAACAGAAGGAGGAAGCGCUGCUGAGAGAGAGAGACGGUCUGGAGAAACUGAGACAGGAGCUGGACGCUGAGAAAGACCGCCUGAGCGCCGCGGCUCUGAGACUCAAGACACGAGCGCAGGAGGUGGAGGGAUUUAGUAAGCUGGCGUCCGAGCGCUUUGAGGAGGGAGAGCGAGCACUGAGAGAGGCCAGACAGGUGGAGGCCGAACAUCAGACACGACUACGCAACAUCCACACGCAGGUGGAGAGACUACGACAACAGGAGCACAACCUACAGCAGGAGCGUCUGAGGAUGACGGAUCAUCACAGAGACAUGGAGCGACUGAGACCCCCUCUUCCCGUCCAUCCGGGGACGUCAGCGCCUCUCAUCACAGAUUUCUCUCCAGGAUUGGCCAGCACACACCUGACCCCCGCUGUGAACCCGCUGCCUGCUGAACUUCACGCCCGCCUCGCCCUCAUCAAACACACCGCUGAGAAGGACAGAGACUUCCUGCAAGAGGAGCAGUACUUCCUGGACACGCUGAAGAAAACCUCAUACAACUCAGCCUGCAACACAUGACCACACAGAGAUGGGAAUCGUUUUGAUAUGCUUUAUUUGUUAAUAAAUGUUGUAAAAAGA